AUGCAGAUGCCUCUUGACGCCGUUGCCGGCGUCCGUGCGCCGCUCCUUCUCCUCCUCCUCCGCUCGCCUCAGUUUCUUCUUCUCCCCGUGGGUGCGUCUCUGCUGAAGGGAAGAAGCCGGCCCAUGGGCGCUGGCCGGGUGCACAACACGAACCGCCCGUCCGGUUUCUGCGGCUGGUGUGUCUGCUGCUGCCGGUACGUCCCUCCCGUCAUUGCGGUGCUGUUGAUUUUGGCCAACGUCAUUCCGUACUAUUUACAGUUCAUCCCACGCCUCCACGAGGCGUACAGGAAGGGCGGCGUCUCGUGGUUCUACUGCGCCUACUGCCAUAUUGUCAUGUUGAUUGCGGAGGUGCUGGUAUUUGUAAAUCUCUUUCUAGCCAUCCACACACCGCCGGGAUACGUGAAGCGGGUGCCUUGGGCCAACAUGCCCGUGUUUAGGGGCCGCGUCAACAGCGACAACAUGAACGAGGUCCGCCGGCUUGGGCUCGAUGGAAAGUUGCGCUACUGCAGCAAGUGCGAGUUGUACAAGCCAGACAAUGCGCACCACUGUCGUACCUGCCGCCGCUGCAUCUACGACAUGGACCACCACUGCCCUUGGAUCAACAACUGUGUUGGCCGCGACAAUGCGAAGUUUUUUAUACUCUUCCUCGCCUACAUUCCGCUGGGUGGCUUUCAUAUCAGUGGCACGACGGUGUACAGCUGCAUGUACCACUUUGAUCUCUAUCAGUCCUCUGAUUUGCUCGCCGUGAGCGGCCUCAUUUUUUCUUCGAUUUUCUCGCUGGUAAUGGCCAUAUCCUUCCUUAUUUUUGCGGCACACUUCCUCUGGAUGAUGCUUCACGGCGAAACUACCGUUGGCAACCUCGUGUACAGCCGAAAGGGUGACGCGGGGCUGCUGAAGGAGGAACGGGAGCGAUACCUGAACAACAUCUUCGGCGUGAACCGCCGCUGGUGGAGUUUGAUUUGCCCUUUGCAUGUUGCGCGCCCCGCGUACGGAAAUUCGCUGCAGGAGUUGCUGUGA